AUGGACACGCCGCCAUACCGCCAGCGCCAGCGGAGAAGAAUCGUCCCGCGUGAAGCGACACCAGUCACGAGGGAACUACACCCCCGCACGCCGCUAGGCCAGAUCUCGACCAACACCUCUGCUCGGCCCCUCCAGCGCCCUGUACCCCCGCCCCCCGGCUCAGCAGUGAAGACCCUCCGCAUCGCGUUCCAGGACACUCCGCCGCAGCUGAGGGAGCUUGAGGCCGCUUGGCGUAAGCGGCGUGCCGAGCAGCUGGAUGCCGCGGUACCGGUAGCGACCGCGUCGGCGUCGAGGCCGGUGUCAACCGCAGCGGCCGUGCUCGGCGCGCCUGGGAGGAGGGUCAAGUUGUUCACCGCGAUGGGCGACCUCGUGAUCACCUGUUCCGACCCGCCGGAUAUAAUCCUCUCCUUUUCCGUCAAUCCAGCAUCAGACGACUCGGCGGCUCCAGCGGAGGGGCUUACACGCCGGAAGGCUCGAGUACGGUACUCGCGCAAGAGCGGCACGGUGACACUGGAUACGGCGAGCAAGACCACGAGCACUGGCGCGAGCGGGUCAAACACGCUGAGGACGAGAAGAACGGCGCAAUCGGGGAGAACGGAGGAGGGUGCUGCCACCCGGGAAGAUGACACCGCUGCGCUCGGCAUCUUGGUCGGCGACGACUGGAGCGAGCUCGAGCGCGAGGCUGUGAGGCGGCUGGUGAGCCUCCGGGAGGAGUGGGAGAGGGGGUCGCCACAGCCAUUGUUGUAA